ACCCAAUCUUCAGAUAUCUCAUUGCUCAUUGUUAAUAACCUCCCCUGUUUCCUGAUUCAAAUGGCUGCUGCUUCUUCUUCUUCUUCUUCCCAGACCAGAAACAGUAGCCAAGUCUUUCUGAGUUUCAGAGGCACUGACGUCAGCAACAACUUCCUCAGUCAUCUCUACACAGCUCUUGACCGGUCAGGAGCAUACACUUACAUUGACAGCGAAGAACUGAGGAUGGGAGAGGAGAUAUCAUCCACGCUUAUGAACGCAAUCGAGGAGUCGCGAAUUGCGAUUGUUGUUUUCUCUAAAGACUAUGCUUUCUCGACAUGGUGUUUGGAAGAGGUGGCGAAAAUCAUGGAGUGCAGGGUCAAGAAUGAUCUGAUUGUGUUUCCGGUGUUUUACAAGGUGGAACCCAGAGAAGUGAGAACACCGAGAGACGAGCAGAGUUAUGCAAAAGCUAUGGCUGAGCAUGAGGAGAAGUUGGGGAAGGAUUCAGAGAAAGUGAAGAGAUGGAAGAAAGCUCUUUUCGAUGCUGCUAGCUUGUCUGGGCGGGAGUUUACCGUGAAGGAAAAUGUGUACGUGACAACUCCUCUACUGCAAUUCAAUUAGUCUAAAUCUUUUCCUACUUAAUUUUCUCUAAUCUUUGGGAUCAUCGCAAGCACA